GCUUAAAAUAUUGCAAUAAAAUCCACAUCUAUAUAAUAGUGUCAAAUAACAUUUGACGUGACAUUUGGUGUUGAUGUUCAUUUGACAGGGCCUGUCAAAUACGUUGGUACGUCAGACAAAAACGUUUGGGAACUUGUACCCUAGAGCUUCUUUCAGGAAUACCGUAACGGCUUUUUGGGUUCCUAAUUAUUAGUUAUUUGAAGUUGUAAUUUUAAAACUGUUUUGGAAAAGAGCAUCAGCUAACACCAAUGCGACAUGUCUGAGAGUUUAUACACUUCUAUGGAAAGUCUGGGAACUUAACUUAAUACUGUCAGGGCCUUAAACAGUUGUUGACACCCUUUAAACUACGACAAAGUUUUUGGCAGAAUAUAAAAUGAAAAAAGAAAUUCUGCAAGUACAGCUGCAAGUCUAAGCAACUGUCUGGGGUUAAUUAUAUGUGAGCUUAAGCACUUGACCUUAUUUUGCUGAACGAAGUAAUGUGAGAGUAAAUUAUCAUGAUGUUACUGAUGUUUAUGACUGAUAUGGUUUUCAGUUUGCUACAAACCUGUCAAACAGGACCUUUUCGGGCUCUUUCCAAACAUACAAAGAAAGAGACAUUACUAUUGAGUGACUGAAUAAGUGGACUUCCAGCAGACUUUCCGGUAAGAAGCAGCGAGUCUGGAGGUCUGGACACUGAGCUGCGAGACACCGUGGAGGAGAAGCCGGCGACAGACGUGCAGCAGACGGCCACAGCGACAUCCAGGACGAUCUCACCGGGUGUUGCGUUUCAUCUACCGGCCUGUGUGCAGAGAGAGACACCGCAGAGUCCAAUCUGAAGAUCUGAAUCUUAUUAGAAUAAGAUCACACAUAUAGAGUAAGAGCAGAGGAAGGAUGGAGACCUUGGCAACCCCAGAAGCUCCUGUGCCUCUGACAGCGCUGUCCCGCUGGUACCUUUAUGCCAUCCAUGGCUAUUUUUGCGAGGUCAUGUUCACCGCCGCCUGGGAGUUUGUGGUCAACUGCAACUGGAAAUUCCCUGGCGUGACCAGCGUAUGGGCGCUCUUCAUCUACGGCACCUGCAUCCUCAUCGUUGAGCGAAUGUACCUGAAGCUGCGCGGCAGCUGCCCCGUGCUGCUGCGCUGCAUCAUCUACACACUAUGGACGUACCUGUGGGAGUUCGGCACGGGGCUGCUGCUGCGCCAGUUCAACGCCUGCCCCUGGGACUACUCCGAGUUCCGCUACAACUUUAUGGGACUGAUCACGGCCGAGUACGCCGUGCCCUGGUUCUGCGCCUCCUUCAUCGUGGAGCGCUUGGUCAUCCGCAAAACUCUGCGGCUGCGCUUCCAUGAGGGGCCCGAGGAUGGCUGGUCAAACCAUCCGUCAGAUGCCGGGGGUGGAGGAGGGGCGGGAGGAAAUUUGGGGGCUGGGAGGAGGAGAGAGAGGAGCAGAGGGAUGGGGAAUAGUUCUAACGGUUACCUGAAAGGGGAAUGAAUGAAGGAAUAAAAGAAGGACACAAUCUGAAACCAGCCCAAUCGCCCUGCUACACCUCUUCUACCCUCCUCAGCCACAUUUCAUAAGCAGUCCUCCCCCUCACCCGUAUCGGGGGGGAAGACAGACAAACAGCUAUGUAGACUGGGCUGGUGUGCAGAGGUGUACAGAGUAUCACAACAACCAGAAAACAAAUCCCUAACCGGGGCUUCAAACUCCCAAAUCACUCACUGCGUCCUCUACUGUCAACAGAGGCACAGUAACUCCAUGCUGCAUCUCAUAACACACCCACCCGUUUCCAUGUGGGGUUGAAGAGAUCAGGGUCUUGUGACAACAAGGGACCUUUGACCAACCAGGAUUACACUUUCAAUCUCCUCUUUUUCCAUCAAAGAACAUGGGAUGAAAAAAAAACAACAAAGAAAACAAAACUAUGGUUGCAAAGAUUAGUGUUAUCAUCCUGCAAAGGAUCCGAUUCAAGAACAAGGACAACAAUAUUUCUGUUUCAAGGGCAAAUCAGUCUAUAUGAAAGCAGAACGCUUGCUGCAUAGAAAACAUAAUAAAAGUAGCUGCAGUUGUAACGUCCUUUUUAAACUGUACAUAUUGUCCUUUAGUAUUAUUCAAAGUACUGUAGUAAUGUAGCUACAAAAGGCUCUUUAAGAACAAUACUGUCCACCCUGAAGCAAAGCAAUGCGCCAUGUGUCAGCUUUCGCCAUGAAGAAUGUUUUUUCUGCAGUUAAUGAAUACCCACAAUGCCUGGAAAAAAAAAUGCAUGGAGAAAAAAAAAAGUUGUCUUCCAAUAUGAUAUACAUUUCUUACAAAGCAGGUCACUCAGCAGUCGUUUGUUUUCUGCAGCGCCGGGAAUGAUGACGGCAGCUCAGGCGGUGGAGCCGGUCGACCAGUUAUCACGGUUGUUCGCUCCUCCUGACUGCAUGUCCAAGUGUCCUUGAGUAAGGCACAGGUUCCCAAACUGCUCCCGGUGAGCAGGUCAUGGCCUUGCAUGGCAGCUCUGCUGCCAUCAGUGUAUGGAUGGAUGGUGUGUGUGCGUGUGUGUGUGUGUGUGUGCGCGUGUUUGCGCUUAGGCUAAUGUGAGGCAUCAAAAGGCGCUAAAUAAAUACAGUCCAUUUAACAUAAUUGCAGGGAUGCCUUUCUGUUGAUGGUAAUGAUUAUGAGUCGUGACCAUCAGCAUAAAGCACCAAACCUCUUGGUAAUUUUCCUUUUUACAGUUUUUCAGAAAACUUUUUAAUGACUCGCUGUCUGCAUGUUCAUUUAGUGUGCUUUUAAUAUCAGAGUUUCACCUCUCAGAUCUGCCGGGGUCGCUUACAGUAAAGCCUCAUUUCUUAAUUCUCAUUCACUUGAAGCCAUUAGCCAUUCCCGUCGACUCUCACAAAUCACCUGUGGGACAUGUUUUUUUUUUUUUGUCAUUUCUGUAAAAUGAAAAUCUCAUGGACUGCCGCACGAUUAAAAAAAAAAAAACCCAGUAGAUCUUCAAUAAAAUGCAGCUGUGACAGCCGUAGUCCAUUUUAAAUGAUCAAACUUCACAUUCACAAAGCACAUUUUGCCCAUUAGCAUUUGUUCAAAAGCUUUUUGGUUAUCAGAUUUGUUAGGGUUUUUAUUCAUAGUUGACAAAUAUGUGAAGUGAAGAAGAGAAAAAUACUGGUUUUAAUUCAUGAAAAAACUCACAUUUCACUUGAAACUGUGUCAGAAUUUGCUGCUCAGUUGUUUCAAAGAAUGAUUGAUCGAUUGGUGCUGCAGUGGAUUAACAACUGAGACAAGUCGCAGAGAUGUUGAGGCUGAUUUCAGGUUGCACGCAAACCACAGGUGGCACUAUUUAACCAUAACAUAACAUAAACUGUUAAAUGCUCAAAACAAACUCAAAGUCAUUCAGAGGUUUUAACAGUUUAUGUAAAAUUAGGAUUUUUGAAUGAUCUUAACUUCUUGUGUCUUACAUGGUAACGUCCAGACAUCUGGUACUCCAAGCAAAAACACACAGCUUUAUUGACUCUCCAUGUGCAUCAUGUGACUCAUACUCUGCAAUAGAAAGGUUAAGGACUGUACGCUUACCUCCAUGCAUACAGGAGCUGACAGUAAUGUGAAUCUGGUGCUACUGGUUCGAUAAUAAAACGGCAGUGAUCGGCAGUAUACAUGAAAUGGAAACAUGAUCACUGAGAGGUUUUCCUCAGGAGGACCAUUUAUGUUGUCGACUAAAUCGCUAAAUGUUCGUCUGCACUCAGCUUUUACCCAUUUGAACUGUUAAUGUAAAAAAAAACAAAAAAAAAAAAAUCAAAAUCCAUGUUUCCAGCUGACUAACGGACUAAAUAUUGGCGUGACCUUCAUCAUUGUGGCUGCAGUGCCAUGCAGUGUUUUCCCCUGACUGCCUCCAUGUGAGUGCAGAGGGCGGAUGACUGGAUCAUAGAUGAAGUGCUGCCAUCCAGUGGAUAAUAUGAUAACAGCAGCUGGAAAACAGAUGUGUUUUAUUAACAUUGAACAAGAAAUAAGAACAAAAACAUAAAAGAUCAAGAAUCCUUGAGAGGAUGAGGAAAAUGUUUUUGAUUUUUAUCACAUUUAUUAUUUGAAUUUCAUGAUUCUUUGUGAGCAUAUUAUGUUUUUUUUUUGUUUCUUACAUGAACCAACAGGCUUAAAAGCAAUAGAGGCUUCUGACCCAGCAAUGAUUAUCCAGCUUUCAUUUAAAAAAAAACUCUACUAAACUACAUUAUGAGAACUUAUAUGCAGCUAAUGUCUUUAUCCAAUUCUACUGCUUCGAUGAGACAAAUCACAAGAACAAGUGAAAUGAGGUGUAUUUGUUCUCUGCAAUAUGUGAAUGAAGGAGUAUUAGGUGAGUGUGUAUAGUGUGUUUUACAGAGACAGUCUCUGUAUGUGUAUGUGCAUGUAAAGUAUGUUUAAACUGAACUGAUUCUCUGGUAUUUUUACCUUGAGGCUGCAUGUCCAAAAUUUUUCCAUUUCUCCUCAAAACUCCGGUUUUAUCCAAGUGAUAAUAGGCCCCAUGUACUGUAACGGUUACUUUUUUUGUCCAUUUAAAAAAAAAGAAGACAGAUUUUAGUGAAAACACUGUACUGUAUAUCACUCACUUUGAUUAUUUACAUGUAUAAUUUAUCAAUUUUUGGGAUUAUAUGUAUUUAUUUGAUCAUAAAUCUGUGUUUUUUGGAAACCAUUUCAUUUCUGCCUGCUGACAAAACAUAUAUAUUAACCCUUAGAUGUAAAAGUGGUUCAAAAAUGACCUGACUGGUUUUGUUUUUUGGGGGGAUUUUUUUGUGACAAAAAUAUCUCAAGCAUUUCAUAUUCCAGGUAUUCCUCAAAAAUCUUGUUUUUGAUAUCUACACAUUUUUUAUUCACAUCCUUUACAUUUGAAGAAAAUUCAGUUUUUGUAUUAUCAUUCCAGUUUUCCAUAAGGGGUUAAAAAAUGACCCGUAUGCAUUUCCUAUGGAGAUUUAUAAGGACAUUUCCUCCUUUUUAGUUACUUUUAUUAGAUACAUACAGUAUGUACUGUGGACCACAUCUCAGCUGUGAUUCACAUCAUGUCAGACGACAAUUUUACAUUUAAGUGUUAUCUAUAUUUUUUAUUGAUAUCACUGAAUUGAUAGCUAUUUUAUAACUAGCUAACAUUAGCUUUUUAGAUAACAUUACUGUAGUUGUGUGUAACUAACUAUAAAGUAAUAUUAUUAAAGCUUAUUUGUAUAGCAUCUUUCAAAACCAAUGUUAUAAAGUGAUUUACACACAACAAACAAUAAAAACACAGAUAACAGGAAUAUAAUUAAAAGCCUAGUCUUACAUGUAGACACAGGAACAGCCAGCAGGUUCUUGUCUGAGGACCAUGAAGUGAAGAGCCUUGAACGUAAUCAAUAAAAUCUUAAAAUCAAUCCUAAAACAAAUCGGUAGCCAGUGUUGUGAUGCUAAAAGUGGAGUCAUGCUAAGUAGCAUCAGCAGAUUGAUAAUAUGAUGAAAAUAACAAAUACUGUAAAUAUUACAAACUUAAAAUAAUGCUUAUUCAAAUAAUUAUUCUGAGCAACAUUAUGACAAUAGCAUUUAUAAUAAAUAAAUAAACAGAUUCUAACGGGUCAUUUUUUACUCAUAUAUGGAAGCAUUCAGGUUCCUCUGCACUGUGCAUCUAAGGGUUAAACAUUAUGUACAUGUCUUGUCAGUGUUUGUCAAAAUGUUUCUGGGCAACAGGAUGAAACAUUUUGUAUUAUCAUGCUUGUAUUCCUCAGAAAAUUCUAUCAGAUAAAAGCAUCAAUACCAAAC